AGAAAAUUAUUUCUUGAGCUGUUUUCUUAUAUUAAAGUGGUGAUAAAGUGAUUCAAAACUUACUCUGCUAUCAAAUGGGUUCCAAAAAACAUAAAAAGCACAAAUCUGAACGCAGGGAGCGUGAAGAGAAAGCAAAUUUGCUUCUGGAUCGUCCGCCAAGCUUGAAGCUGAUUCUGAAAGUCGGUGGAAACAGUUCCACUCCGGAGCAUGGAAACGACUCGCCAGCGUACGGAAUUCAGCAGGAUCUAGCUGCUGGUACUUUUCUCGGCGGGGAACGCCACAAAAAGAGCAAGAAGAAGAAAAAGAAGAAAGACCGGGAGAAGAAGCACAAACAUCACAAAGAGAAACGCCGUCAUCGGGAUGAUUCCAGCCAGGAAGACUUCAACAGUGUUGGAGACGAAAGUUCACAGGCGGCACCGGAACCGAAUGCGUUUUUCAAUACUGCCGCUUCCAUUUCUGGCAGCACCGGUAGUUUAUCAUCGCUACCGGUAACGAAACCGAUGAUUCCAAUUAAGAGUCCCGAGCCGGAACCGAUCAGCUUAAAUUUACAACCAGCGACACCGGCAACGCCUGCCACUCCGGCAACUCCGGCCACACUGCUGAGGGAGGAAAUCAACGCUCCCAGUUCGGUGACUACCGAGGAACCGAUGCGAAGCCCCAGCUCGGUACACUCAACAUCUCGACCGGGUAGUAAGAUGGACUUUUUGGAUACCGGUUCAAACCAGGCACCUAAAACACCGGGUUCCGACUGCAGUGGCCGGGAACAGCGUACGUGCGUACUAAAACUGAAGCAAAGUCGCUCGCCCCUGGCCCGGUUAUUGGACCAUUUGAUAAAGGCACUGGAAAAACGAGAUCCGCAUCAGUUCUUUGCGUGGCCGGUUACCGAUGACAUUGCUCCGGGUUAUUCGACGAUUAUAACAAAACCGAUGGAUUUCAGUACCAUUCGGCAGAAAAUUGACGAUAAUGAGUAUGUUUCACUGUCGGAGUUUAGUGAAGAUUUUAAGUUGAUGUGUGAGAAUGCUAUUAGAUACAAUCAUUCGGAAACAGUUUACCACAAAGCGGCAAAAAAGCUAUUGCAUGUUGGCGCACGCUUACUCCAGCCGGAGAAUCUGAUGAGAUCGCUGCGACCGUUGAUGACUUACAUGCGUGAUUUGACACCGAAAGAGCUUGGUUUUGAACUACCGGCUGCCUCGGAAGGUCAAGAAAAUGACCAUCACACGCUAGACUCGGCUGAUGAGGCCAUGGCAGCGGCCGUCGACGAAGGUAUCAACGCUCAGAUUAACGCUCAAAUCGAAGAGGAUGAAAAACGGAAACAAAUUCGAUUGGAAAAUAACCCGACGUCGAAAUUCGAGCCGUUUGUGGAUGAUUUAACAGCCGAGGAGGUUCUGCAACAAGUUCAGAAAGCAACUUUGAGUGCGAGAACUAAACUAAUGAAAAGAAAGUCUGCCAACAAAAUUGGUUUCCUGCGGCAGUUGAAAGACGGAACAACAACGAUGAACAUUCUGGUUGAUAAUGAAAAUAAUACACCGGAGAAGGUUGUCUCGUUGGAAGCCUUCACUGGGAAGCUGCAGUACGGAACCGCUCUGCUGCAGGGAUUCCGCGAAGACCGUAGAAAUUUCGCAAAAACUGUUAAACCAUUGAGCUACGGAUCAUUUAGCUCUUUUGCACCGGUCUUCGACUCGCGUUUUUCCAACCUUUCGAAAGAAGAAUCAGAUAUGGUGCUCAACACCUACGGUGAUAGUACCGGAGCCGAUUAUGCUGAAAGCAUCAUGAAGUACACAAAGGAUAGUCCAUAUGCGGGAGGAAUUGCGCACAGUUUGUUGGAUAUUCUAACGAACGGAGACCAUCGAAAGGCAUUUGCAACGCUGUACGAAUCCGACAUGCAACGACAGGAAAAGGAAGCGGUGAAACAUACCUUCCCCGAACCGGCAGAGCGCGAAGAAAAACGUCAAAAACUGUCCGAUGUUCACGUGGAUUUCAACCAGCUCCGGACGCUGUCCAGUUUGGGCGUGGACGUACAAUUUCUCGACGAGUUGGAACAGCAGAUUAGCUGCACAAGUAUGACCAACACCUUGCAGCAGGCACUCAGUGAAAAUUCCGAGCUGAUUGAAAAGUUACAUCAAAUUCAAACCAGUCGUCUCUCUGCCCCGUUACCGGGACAUCUUUCCUUCGUGCAGCGUGCUGGCGAAAGCGAGGUUAAUUUGGCGGUGCAAAUCACGAACAAUUUGACGCAGAUUGCGAAGCAAUUACCUCCGCUGGCGCUGGCUUCCCCGCACGGACUGCGCAAAGCAAUGGGGUUGAGUAAUGUUGGGUUGGAAAUGUUUAACAACCCACCGGUUGGAGUUAUCAACCCACAACCAAAUGCAGGUUCCGCACAGCAGCAGUCCCUCAACAGCAGCGGAGCUUCUGGUGCCGACAUCAUUGAUACCACUCCGAUGGAUAUGGAUCUGGAACCGGAACCGGUGGCAGCGCAUCACCAUCACGUCCACUCGAACUCGAAUCCUUCGCAAGUGGAUAUCGACAGUGAACUAAGAGAUCUGCUGAAUAACAACUCGAACGGGGACACGGGUGAAUCGGAUGCCGCCCCUAGUAUCGAGCAGAUGCUAAUGGAAUGAGUACAUUUUUUUCAAUUUUUUUCCAUUCAAUUGUGUUAAUAUGCCAGGACUAAAGUUCCGUUUUCUAGCAUUUCGCCAACCAAAUUAAUUGGUUGGCCGACAAUUAAGCUGAAUAAAUC